AUUGUUGUGAAAAGAGAUUAAACCCGACCAGAAAAUUAACAAGAAAACUCUGAGAAAAUUCAAAACGAGAAAGAACGGGAAGAAGAAACGUUGCUCUCUCACUCUGGUUCGGGAAAAAAAGGUAGUAUUACAGAAGACAAAGCCAGGUUUCUGUGGAGAGAAGGUAAAGCGGCUUAGUUCUAGAGAGAGAAAGCCUAAAGCUCGCCGCCGGAGAGAAUAUUGAAUUCGGCUUUCGAGAGCAGAUUGAAGGAAAGUCAAGUCAAGUCUUCAUCUCCGUUAGGGUUGUUUCAGGAUUGAAAUUCUGAUUGGGAAUUUUUCAUCUUUGGUUAAUUUGCGAUUCCUACUAGGCUACCACAUCCCGUGCUCAAAUUUAAGGAAAUCUUGUAAAUACUCUCCUGAGAGUUCAUUGAAGUUUUCUUUGAUGGAAAAUUAGCAUGUGGCGAGAACUUCUGCAAUGGUUAGAGGUAUGAUUUGCGUAGCACUAUGACACUAGAAGAUUUUUUCACCUUGGCCGAGAUGAAAGAUGGGCUUACUGCCCCUUCUCGAGUCGAGGAACUGGUCACUGUCAUGUGGAAGGAGAAACAUUCAGAUAUUGUAAAGAACAUUGGUGAUGCAACCAGACAGUGGGCUGCUGUUGCAGGCACCAUUACUGCAACAGAUAAUAAAGAUUGUCUUGAGCUCUUUAUUAAGUUAGAUGGACUAUGUUUUAUUGAUAGAUGGUUGAAGGAUGCUUCAAAGUUUAGUGCUGACACAAGUGACGGCCUUGUGGAAGAGUCAUUAACUGCACUGUUACAGGCAGUGGAAAAGCUGCAUAUAGGCAAUGAAAGAUCUGUUGCCUCUGGGAUCUUUAUAACUGUCAAGAAUCUUCUUAACCACAAAAGCUCUCAGGUUCAGGAUAGAGCAAAGGCACUGUUUGAUAGCUGGAAGCUGGGUACUGUUGAUGAUAAAGCCCACAUUGUUGUAGAGAGUGUUGAGGAAUUUAAUGUUAGUUUGCCUGAAAGUGAAAUUGUCAAGCCAGAAUGUGUUGAUGUAGAUAAUUCUGUUUCUAAAGGAAAUGGCAAUGGUGAACAUAAUUCAGCAGAACCUACCAGAUCUGUCACUUUGGUCUCAAGUGCUGUGGAUUCUUUUAAACAAGAAGUGGCUGAAGAUCGAGAUAUUCCAACUCAUAAUCAGGAGCCUUGCUUCAAUGUUACUUGUGACCAGAAGAAAGUCAAGGACAGAUCUCCAAAUCUUUUGACGUCCUCUGUUCAAGAAAGUACUUCUGUGAAGGAAGCAUCUCCAACAGGUACAAUGGAAGGGACCACUGCUGAUGAUUCCAAGCAGGGCACUGCUGAAGUGCAGCCAGAAGUUUUGAAGUCAAAUGAGAUCUCUAAUGAUGAAAAGCCAGUUCUCAAGCUCAACACUGUACCGGAAAAAUUGAGUACAGGAGCUUCAUUCUCUAGUGCAACACGAGAUGGAGAAGUUUCUUGCGGCAAUAAUGUUGCAAUUGCUCAAGAUGGUUUGACAGAACCUACUUCACAGAACAAUAUUGAUGAUGUGGGUGAUGUUAGAACUCCUGCAUCUGUACCAAAGGUGGGGAUAGAUGGCAUAGGCAGUACAUGUCGAUACAGUGGACAUAUAUCGAAGACUGAUGGUGAAUCUGGAUCUGAUGUUUUCCACAACUUGUCUACCACUGAGUGUAGGUUGGGUAAAACUGAGCAUAUGGAUACUAGCUUUUCUCAGAUGGAAGAUGAUGGAGUUUCCGAGGAAGACAAGGAGCAUAGCAGUUAUGAUGAAGAUGAGGAUGUGAGAAACUUCGCUGAAAACUCUAGAUCAAGAAUCUAUGCUAGAAGUCCUGAAAUGAUUGAUGAGAGAAGUUCUGAUAUGGAACUUGAGUACGGCAUAGUAGAUGCUUUGGAAGUUGCUCGACAGGUUGCUCAGGCUGUGGAGAGGGAAGUGGUAGAUUACAGAGAACGCUCCUGCAGUUCGUCUAUGGAGAAAACAACAGAAAAAGGUGUAAGGCAGCCAGGUAGCCCGGAUUCUGUAGAUGAAAAGCGAGAAUUACCUGCUGAUAUCCCACCUAGGGAUAUGCCCACCGGCCAAACUCGUCACGCAGAGUCCCACCCCGAGGAUGAGCAACUGGCAAAAAAUACUUUGGAUAAUCUGUGCUCUGAACUGGGAGGAGACAAACAUGAUGUUGAAACUUCUCAUGUUACCGAGGCAGCUCAAGAAUCUGAAGGAAACACAGAGAAAGGCCUGUGUGAUUUUGAUCUGAAUCAAGAAGUCGAUUCUGAUGAAACUGAGCAUAUUGCAAAUCCAAUAUCUGCCCCAAUAUCUGUUCCUGCAUCAAGACCAAUAGCAGCUUCUGGAUCCUCUGUAGCCCCUUUUCAGUUUGAGGGGAAUCUUGGAUGGAAGGGAUCUGCUGCUACUAGUGCUUUUCGUCCAGCAUCACCUCGCCGGAUCUCGAACCAUAAGACUCUUCCUCCUGGGGAAACCAGCAGUAGUUUUAGUCAUGGGCAAUUUUCCCUUGAAUUUGAUCUGAAUGUGGCUGAUGGUGGAGAUGAUAAAAUUCCUGAAAUGACUGGCAAGGAAAUUCCUGGUUCAUCUGCCCUUCACACUGCGGACUCUUGUUUGGAAGCGAGUCCAAUAAAAUCAGAAAGGCACAAAUUAGAUUUAAAUCUCACAAGUGAUGAUAGUGAUGCCCCGCCAUCAGAAUUGAGAAUAGAAGGGCGUCUUUUUCACAGUCGGAAUGGCCAUCACAGCGUGUCUCCUGCCUCAUCAUCAUCAUCAAUGCAGCCUUCCGCUAGGAACUUUGAUUUGAAUGACAGACCAUAUCUUCUCAAUGAUUCUACUUCUGAUCAGGGGUACUUUCUCGGCAAGUCUUCCCAAAGUUCACGUGCUUAUGGAGGGCCUAAACCAGAUGAUCCUGUUAUAUCUAUCAUGGGCACCAGAGUGGAGGUCAGUAGAAAGAAUUUUAUGCCCCAGACUACAUCCUUGCCAAAUGGAAAGGCUCUGGAUACUGCAAUGGAUGCUAUUACAGCUAGGGAGGGAGGUAUCUUAGGUAUGGCUCCAACAGUGUCAUACACACAAUCUAAUGUUUUUGGCUACAAUGGAUUGACAACAGCACCCACGAUGUCCUUUUCCUCCACGAUGUAUGGACCCGGUCCCGGCAGCUCCUUCCCUUACAUGGUGGAUUCAAGGGGAACCCCUGUCGUGCCUCAAGUUGUGGGCUCUGCAUCAGUAGUCCCCCCAUUUUCUCAUGCGCCAUUGUGGCUCAGUCCCAUGAAUGGUGUAGCGCCUCUGCGACCUAACUUUGAUUUGAAUUCUGGUUUCACAGUUGAAGGAGCAAACAGGGACUCUGGAGUUUUUAGGCAGUUUUUGAUGCCUGUUCAAAGCGGGCCAAUGGAGGAACAUCUUAGGACCAGCUCCCAACCCUCCUCAAGUUCUGGAGUAGGUGGGAAAAGAAAGGAACCAGAUGAUGGUGGGUGGGAACCGUUCCCAUUUAACUACAGGAAUCAGCAACCUCCUUGGAGAUAGGAAGUUAUUUAUUAUCUGUGCUCCCUUUCCCUCCCUUCCAAUCAGUUCACAAGGCUCUAGACCAAUUGGAGAUUUGAUGCCUGCCCAAAAACAAUUUCUGGAAGAAAGACUAAGCUCCGUUGUCGUGGUGGGAGGGGAGUUGAAUAAGACGGGGGGAAUUAUCUAUGACUAUGUAGUAUGAUUCUUGAGAUAAAUUUGCUAAAGGAAAGUGUAGGUUUUAUUGUUUAGUUUUGGUUUAUAAUUUUGAUUUUCCUUUGAAGUGUUCCAUAGAUGGACAUUGCGACAGUAGCUGGCGUGGCACAUGUAGCUGUAACAUCUCUUCCUUAUGUAUAACAGAAAUUCAGAGGAAGGAACUGAUCUUUUGUGGCUCCAGUAGGUUUAUGGGUGCCAUAUCUCUGUUGUGGAA